CUCGGUAUCCAUCUGACUCUAUAAGUAAUAUCCAGCAGCAGUUAGUUCAGGUAAAAAAAUCGCUUACUGCAAAUUAGUAAGAUAAACUGAAACUUCAUUUGUCUGGUUUCUCUGCAUAAGAUCAUGGCUUUCAGAUCAAUGAACCACUGGAAACAAAUGUCGACCGGCUUACGCCGAUACGCAACCGCGACCUCUCCGAAGAUGAAACCCUACGCCCCGGCUGCCGGUGCCACCGAAAAUCCCCAACAGAGCUACUUCAAAAGGUUCAUGAGGGGCGACUUUGUGCCGGUCUACGUUGCUGUCGGGAUGAUAGCGCUGUCGGUGGCGCUGGGGCUCCACACCGCCAAGCAGCACCUGAGGUACAACCCCCACGUCUACGUGAAGAAGAACCGGAGAGAGACGCUGCCGGAGGUGGUGGAGCCGGAGCGCGUGGUGGAGGAGUCUGACAAGUUCAUUCAAAAUUCGUUUUUCAGGAAGGUGGCGCAUGUUCAGGAGUUUGACGACUACAAUCACGCCGUUAAGGAUCCGAUCCGGAAAGAUGUUUUCGCUCACAAAGCCGAACCGCCCCGUUCGAAAACCGUGACCCUCAAGGACGUCGGAGUAGACCCUAUCCGUGCCCAACCCGAAGCUUAGUUAGUUCUGCUCUUCGUUUUUUUUUAUUUUUUCCGCUCUCGGGUUUUUCACUUGCUUGAAUUUCUUGUAUUUAUCUUUUUAGCUUAUGGCUUUAGUGACGGAUGAUGGUUUGUUGCUGUAACUUUUAACAAAGUAUAUACUAGGUAUUGUAAUCUUACAAGUUACAACUGUACUGCAACUUUACUAAGACGUGGACAAGACUUGAUCUGAUCUGUUCAUGUGACUGUCAGACAACGAGAAUCGUAAAAUAGUGUUUGGUGUGAUGUACAACAAAUUUUUUUAUUUCAAAUAGUGUUUAAUGUAAACAAA